AUGACUCAAUAUCCCGAGUAUACGCCCGUGUCCUCGCUGGGCCGGGAACUGGGUAUUAUGUUUGCGUUUAUCGGGGCUUGUGUGGUGACCAUGGUUAUUUACUUGGUUAUUUGGAGACGAGUCCAAUUCCGCACCCAAGAAGAAGACCUCGCCCGCCGCAAAGCCCUGAAAAGCCGCACCGCAGCUCUACCAGAUACCCUAUCCACGACGAAUGGGCUGCAUUUUGAUAGGAAAAUGAGUGCGGUUCCGGGUUAUGGGGGUGACCGUGUUUAUGAGAAGGUGGUUGAUCGAUAUGGAAUAUCUGGGGAUCGGGUUAAUGGGUUGGGAUUGGGGAUGGGAAGGAAAGGGAGAGGGGAUCUUUUGUGA